GAAAAAAAUUGUUCAUUUCUUUAUCGCCUUGUCGAUUAUUUUCAUGAUGUGGAUUACUCGAUUGUCUUGGUGGGAUGAGUGUUCCCUAAAUCAUUGCUAAUCUUAAAAUUAUCAUUUGGAUAAAUUAACACUCAUGUAAUGCAAGAAUAUUCGUUGUGAAUAUUUCUUCCAUCUUUCUGUUUGAAAAAUGGGAACACCUGUUGAAUUUUUAACACCGCUGGAAAUAGAAGCUGGUAAAUUGGUUUCAUUUUUAGUCCCGUUGUACUGUCGUUUGAUUUAUUCGUCUCAUUUUUCUUCAUGUUUAUGUGAUGCUAUGAUAAAUUCUUUGUGGUCUAAGAGUUAGUCAGAUGGCUCAAACUUAUGAAGAUUUGGAUGCUAUUACCCAACUUUUAGAAGAAAAACAAACAGAUCUUGAAUUGGCAGCGAAAAUCGGUAAAAAUCUGUUGGCGAAAAAUCAUGACCUUCAGUCGAGACUAUUAGAGACUGAAAAGAAUCUUAAUGCACGUGAUGAAGUUAUUAGUCAGCUAAACCAUAAUCUCUCUGUGAAAGAUAAUUUACUACGUAUAUUCUUAAGAGAUUCCGAUCAAAUUACUGACAUUAAUGAUGAUGAAGUUAGUGUAUUAUCCAGUGGACGUGCAUCACCUGUUCGCAGUCAGCAGGGAUUAUCAUCUAGUGCCGGAGGAGGUGAUGGAUUUUCCUUAUCUUCAGUCAACUUCGCACAGUUGCAUAAAAAACUUGAAGAUCUAGAAGAGGAAAAUAAUCUACUACGUCAAGAGCGUAAUCGAUUGUCUACUACGGCGGACCAAUUAGAUGAACAUGAAGCUGCAUUAGUUCGAGAUUGUGCACGUCAAUUAAUUACUGCUAAUAUACAUAUACGUAAUUUAUCCGAUGAGUUGGCUAAGAAGUCUGAUGCUUUCAUGAAUCAACAAUCUGAAAUUACUCGCCUACUUACAAGAGGUUUAGAUUUAGAAAAUCGUGUUAAACAGUUGACAGCAGAAAAUGAAAUGUUAAUUGGUCGGCUGAAGGAAACACAAAUAUCGCAAUCAUUACUGACAAGUGAAUUAAAAAAUUCACGUGAUAAAUAUGAUGAGUGCCUAACACUUUAUAAUGAAGCUAGGUCGGAAAUUCGGGCCUUACGUAAACGUUCUCGUCGUGGUUAUUAUCGUCCUAAUUCACUUAUGUCCAGUAGUUCUGUAGUGAACAGUGCAGUAUUACCCUCACUACCACCUUAUUUAAGUGGAGCCGCUUUAACACCACAGUCAGAUCCGGAUCCUAUGCAUUACUGUCAUCAUUCGUCAUUAUCUGCUCAUCAGCUAGCCAGUGAUGGCAGUACAUCUUCUCUGGAUAUGUUGACUACACAAAAUCCAAGUUCAGAUCAUGUGGAAACUUCAUUAGCAGCAGAUUUGGUACAUGCAAGAAUGAAAGAACAUGCGAAAGAUAAUAUAAAGCAUUUAUUUCGAGCAAUGGAUCAAGUUCGUCAUACGCGUACACUCAGUAAUGGUCCUACUCCUACUCCUACUGCUACUACCACAAUUAAUUCUAAUAAUGACGAUAACAGUAGCCAUAAUAUUAUACUGAUUGAAUCAGGUCUGGAAGAUACUGUUUCUAGCAGUGGUUUUGUUAGUGGUUCAGAACCGUCAGAUAAUCCUCACAAGCAAAAAUUUGUUAAAAGUGAACAAACGUCUAAUUCUGGAAGUCCGUAUUCAACUAGACCAUUUAUCCCAAAUUUUAUCAGUCCUAUUCACUUGGCUGAUGCUGACAGAAGUAAAUCUAAUGUGGUAAAUUAUCGCCUUCAUCAAUCUACAAAUCCGAAUUAUUUACUAGAGUCUGAAAAACGACAUAGUUGGCUUGGUUGUGACGUAACUUCUAAUUUAUCUGACAAAGGAUGUUAUUCAAUUCCUGAUAGUGGACUGAAUUUUCAAAACAGCUUUGAUGAUAGUCUACUUUCAUGUGAUCCAAAUGUGGUCUGCACUAGUAAAUCAUAUUGCAAACUGCCUCAACGUUUGAAGCUGAUUAAACCAUUAGACGGUUCUAAUGUUCUUCAACAUUGGCAGCAUUUAGCUACUCCUAGUUUUACCCGGGCACUUUUUGAAGCCCCACUACCUGGAGUUCGAAGUCGUGCUGGAGUAUCAGAUUCAACCAACACAAACUGUCCGACAAGUGCUAACACGACCGACUCUCGACAACGUCCUGUUUCAGUCGGAUCAUCACCUUGUAUUUCAACCAGUUCUGAAAUUUCGCUCAAAUGCAGUAGUUUGACUGCUCAUUCGCCUCCGGAUUUGCCACAAGGUCAACCAAGUAUGAGAUUUGUUCAAGAAUCGUUAGAGAAAUGUACUAAUUUAAACUGUAUUUAUCAACCAUUAAAAAUCUUAUACCGAUUUGGAUUCAAUUCAUCAACAUAUUUGCUGAAUAAUCAACUAAGAGCACGAUCGUUAGAUCAUUUAGUAACAGGAUCCCCAUCCUUAUCGUACAGUGAUAAAAAUAGUAAUAAUGAUUAUAAAUCUAUCCAGUUUAAUCAAGCGUUUGAUCAUGUAAAAAGCGACGAACCUGCAUCAUCAUAUCUUACCUCAUUUUCCCUAACUUCAUUAGUGUCUGCUAUAUUGCCGUUCACUACUGCUGUUCUCUCUUCAUCAGUAGUAUCAUCAUCUGAUCCAAAAGGUGUCACAAUCAACAAUAAAUUAACAAAAGCAAAUACACGACUCAGUGAAUCAAUACAUUUGCGACCGAAAUGUCCAUCAUCAUCAACAGCGGUGACUGGUCUACAAGGUUUACUUGAUGUAAAUAAGGAAGAUGCUGAUUCGUCAAAAUCAUUAUUACAUAGAACGUCAACAUCAAAAUCAAUUGAUCGUAGUGCAUUAUCUCCUAAUAGCAAUGUACCAAAUUCAAUUGCUCUUCCAAAUCCUCAACCUCCAACAUUAAUUUCUCCAAGCGUUAAUCGUACUGCUAUUUCACAUUCACGUCCUGUACGUACUAGUAACUUGACAGAAAUCACUGAAGAGUCUGGUUCACCACCGAAAUCAGAAAAUGGUCAGAAAUCAUUGAUAUCUUCGGAAAAUCAACAACAACAACAACAACAACCACCAUCUGAAGUAGUAGUUGUUUCAGAAAGAUCGAAAAAUUCAGAAUAGUAGAUUCAUUUAAAUAAUAGAGUUGUUGUUCAUUAGUUGUAUUAUUGUCACAUAUAUAUUAAACAUUUAGAACGAAUUAUUUAAUAUUAUAUCAUUUGUGUACCAGUUCCAUAUGAAAAUUUUAGUCUUUCAUUAUAUAUAUAUAUAUAUAUAUAUAUAUAUACUUGUGUUUUCCCAUCAUGUAUUUUUACUACAGUGAUCCUUACCAAUCACUCACACAUAGAAACUUACACAUUACGUUAUAAAAAUUACAUUUGUAUAAAGCAGAACACUUCUAAGAGAGAGAAAGAGAGGAUAAAAAAAUCGUUUAUUUAACGUUAUCUUUUCCAUUUUUCUUCGUGUUUUUGUUCUUCACUUUAAUUUUCUUAUUUUGUCCAGUUUAAUUAAUAUUGAAGGUAUAUUUUGUUGAGUUGAUAAUCUUUCAUUUUCAUAAUUCAUGUUUUUCUUCAAUAGAUUAUUAUUGCUUGCAUUUGAACUAUCGUUUUUUGGUUUAUUUCCAUUCUUUAUUGUUUUCUGUCUUUGAUAUUAUAAUAUUUGUUAUCUAUCGUAUAAGACUGAUAAUCAUUUUAGUGUAACAGAGUUAUUACAAAGCAUGUGAAGUAAUUAUCAUUGAUCACACUGGAAAAUAAACACUUCAUAAGAAUAUAGUUGAAUUUUUUGGGCAAAAAAACAUUACGUUCCACUAGUACUACUAGUUUGUUAAAUUAGUAGUGUUAUUUUGGUUUUAUAAAAAAAUUGUCGUUGCGACUGGUUGUUUUGUUGAAAUUUGUCUGAUUCCUCAGACAUUUGUUGUGUACUUGUUUAGUUUACAUUUUGUUUUUUUCCUAUGACCCAGUGACAUUAUUUUAGCCCCACUUUUUAUGGAAAUAAAAUAAAUCAUUAAAAUUAAAUGGUAUUUGUUAAUUCUAUUUUGUUAUCGGAGUAGUAGUUACACAAGUGAUUUGUAUUCCAACUAUUAUUACUAUCUUUGUACAUGGUUAUUAGAUGGUGCUUACGUAUUGUGGUACAAAUAUAUGAGGACCAUACGCUGAAUACUUCAUUUGCAAAUUUUCAUCAUUUGUCUUCCACAUUUUGU